AUGACAGGAUUCCAACUGUGUUGUGCCGUCGCAAUCUGCUGUGCCUUUGGUAUCGCUGCGCAACCAGGAGACCCCGGCUCCAGUAACAUCAGUGAGCCAUUCCUAUUGGUAGCUGACGACACAGGAGAAAUUCUUCAAGUUAACAUCACUUCCGGAUCGAACACCACGCUUCCGCUCGGAGAUGUAAGAAAGCCAUACGCCCUGGACUACGACCCGCUCACGGACUACGUGUACUGGUCAGAUAACCGGAACAAGAAAAUCCACCGGGCUCGUCGUGAUGGAAGUGGCAGGGAGACCAUCUUAGACAUCAGCAGUAGCGAGGUCUAUGGCCUGGCGUUGGACCACGCUAGAGGGGAUAUCUACUGGACUGAUUGGACUGAAAACACCAUCUCUGUAGCAAAGAUGGAUGGAUCGUCAACUAGAACACUUCUGACGUCAUCAGCCGUCAGUCGUCCUUGGGGCCUGGUCCUGGACCCCAGGAAUGGACUCAUGUACUGGGGGGACGAGGGUAAUGACAGAAUUGCCCGUGCUGCGAUGGACGGCAGUAACCAAACCACCAUCAUCACGGGCGUGUCUGAUCCCCGCGGCGUUACAAUAGACUUUAGAGAGGACCGGCUGUACUACUCUGAUGCGACCCGCAUGUUCAGCUCAGACCUGCUGGGUAACAAUAGACAACAACUGCUGUCUGAAGGAAGGAAGUAUGUGCGGGGGAUUGCUGUUGACGAGAACUACGUCUACUGGUCGUCUACUUUUUCUAAUCCAUCAAGCCAAGGGAAAGUCGGAAUGUUAUCCAAGUCAGACUUGACCAAGACUGUCCUGGUGGAGGGUCUGGCAUGGGCAGGCGGCAUCUACCUGUCCACGGCAGCGCCUCCUGGCGUGACCACUGGUUGUCCAAUGGGUUACAACGCUCACGGGGGUUCGUGCUUCAAGGCAUACAACCAAGACAAAACCUACAGUCAGGCCAGACAGGUGUGUGCAGCGGACGGGGGGCUCCUCGCCAUGCCGAAGGACAGAGAAGUGGACGACUUCUUGUUGGACCUCAAGAACGCCGUGGAUCCCAACUCUCCUUUCUGGUUGGGCCUGAACAAUCAGAACGGAGAGGGAGGGUGGGCGUGGGAAGACGGGACUCCAUACAGCCCAGCCGCAGACUGGACUGGGUGGCAGCCGGGGGAACCCAACAGUAACGGAGAAGGCUGUGUCAACCACCUCGGGGCCGGAUGGAACGACGCGCCGUGCUCGUCUGCAUCCUACUUCAUCUGCCAGCGGAAGGACGCGAUCCGCUGCCCCCUCGGGUACUUCCGGUGCGGACACGGACAUGCCUGCACCCUGACCUGGAGGCGGUGUGACGGGAGGACGGACUGUUCGGACGGGAGUGACGAGGACGGUUGUGAGUGCCUGCCGAUUCCUGUGGAUUUCAACCUCGGCGGUAGACUUACAAUGUUACCCAAUCAGCUGGGUCAGACGACGUUUGAAGAGAUACAGAAUUCCUCUGUCGUGGAGCUGCUCAACAGUUCGUCCGCAAACGGACAGAACCGACACCCCCAGUUCCGGGAAUUCGCAUCUACGGUGAUUUUCCCGCAAUGUGCUGUACCCAAAGAGAACGACACUACCUGCUCUUUGUCUCGUCAUGCAGACAACGCGACCUCUUGCAUGAACAAACCACUGCUACCGUGCCGUUCGUGGUGUGAGGAAGUCCUCAACAUGGCUGAUCCCCGGAUGAAGAAGCAGUUCCCUACCUGUGACUUGUUUCCACCACCACAGCACGGUUGUUGGAACCCUGAACCAGCGACAAGGAACGGCGAAGUUUGCUACCACGGUGGCGGGAUGAACUACCGCGGCACACGGAGUACAGCCAAGUCCGGGGCAGAGUGUGUGAAGUGGUCCGCUGCGCAGGAAGGGUUCUACCCAGCCGCGUACCCCUGGGCCAACAUGGAUAACAACUACUGCCGUAACCCUACCGGUCUGGGGCGGCCAUUUUGUCUGGUGGAAGAUGGCAGCCAGCAGGAAUGCGACGUCGUUUCCUGCAAUACUAGAAGCUGCUGGGACAUCGGUCCUCCUGACUACGGCAAUAGAAGCCCUAUGAAGAGGUUCUACUACGUGGGAGAAAGGAUCGCCUUCACCUGCAACGAGGGGUACUACAUAAAGCCCGGGUAUCCUACCGAACUGAGAUGCGUCGAAGGAGGCUUCUGGCAGGAUAACAAGCCCAGUUGUUCAGUGAAUUUCGAGGAUAGGCUGAAAGCCAACCUGCUCGAUGUGAACAAUCUCAACCUGGCACCUGAGCCUGAGAACCGUACCCAGCCUGAGAACCCUAGCGACACUGACAACCCUACCGACACUGACAGCGACACCGACAAUCCUACCAACACUGACAACCCUACUGACACUGACAACUCUAGCGACACUGGGAACCCUACCGGCACUGAUAACUCUACCCGCAACUCUACCGAGACCCCUAAUCGGAUUAAGAACCACAUCCGACCCGUCAUCAGCUUUAAUGGAUCUGUAGAACAGAUCGUCGACUUGGAGGAAAAGAAGGAGCAGCUGGUUGCCUCUGUCGUCAUCCAUUUCACAUGGCAGGACAGCCGACUGAGAUGGGAUCCAAAGUACUACGACAACAUCGAGACUAUCAGCGUCCCUGGCAGCAGCAUCUGGACCCCUACACUUACUCUGAAGGGGAAUGCCAAUCCUUUAUACCAAGGCCUACCAAAAAUCGUUCCGGUCUGGAUCAGUAGCAAUGGUCAGGUAACCUGGAGGGUAGAAACCCUGACCACCACCGUGUGUGAUGCGGACCCCUUCUACUUCCCUGCAGACACCAUGGAAUGCAACAUCUGCUUUGCUGCAUUUUCUGCAACCAUCGAAUGCCAAGAUGGCAGUCCCUGUGGUGUCCUGUCUAACCAACAACUGGAGGGCGAAUGGUACCGGAAGGACAUGUUCUUCGCAAAAGACAAGACGGAGGCGUGCUUCACUGUUCAGCUGGAGAGGAUCCCGCUGUUCCACAUCGCCACUACUGUUGGACCCUGUGUCAUCCUGGUGGCGCUGAUGGUCAUCACAUUCGUCAUGCCACUGGACAGGGGGGACCGGAUCUCGUUCGGAGUGACCAUUCAACUCUCCGUGGUCGUGUCUCUCGUGUUCGUGACGGAUGUGCUUCCUGUCAAGGGGGCGCUGCCAUUUUUCGCCUCGCUGAUCGUCGUGUGCAUGGCGCUGAUGGGACUUUUCCUCUUCUUCACCAUGGCCAUCAUCACCAUUCAUGACAGGCAGGGGAGCCUGUCUCCAAUGGCGAAGACCUUCUUUCUCCGUUACAUGGCAAAGUGCCUACUGCUCGGAGAUCUGACAGAGAAGAAGGUUGCAAGCGACAAUGGAGAGACUGGUCCCAGCAGCAAGAAGCUGGCCUGGCCUGAGCGGACCAACCGCGUCUCCCCUGCCGAUGCCAAGGCGGUGGUCGACGUGCAAAUCCCGGCUGAUGUCCGCGAGACAGCCCGUCAGCCGUCCGCGCCACCCACGCGCCUGGAGGCCGCUGUCUCUCGCCUGGAAGUUCCUGUGUCCUCCGCCUCCCGUAACAUGGAGGAGCAGGCCGAGGCCAUGAAGAACGAGCAGGAGGUGUCUGACUACACCCUGCUGGCUAAGGUCCUGGACAGGCUCUGCCUUGUCAUGUACGUCAUCAGCAUUGCCGUGGCCGUGCCCAUGACCAUGUAUCUGGGCAAGUAAAUUACACUUGUGUAAACGUGCCUUAACACAACCAAAAAAAGUGCGACUUGAUUAUUAUGCAUUGAUUCAGCUUUAAGUAACAUGCAUGUGCAGCCAGGACAUGCCCUUACAAGGGCUGUAGUCCUUUUAGAACUUUAGUAAGGUAGUAACCCCACUGGUGGAACAUACAUACUACAUUUGCAUCUUUAGUGUGAUCAAUACCAUACGAAGGUGAAUGUGUGCAAUGGGGCUUAUAGUUCGUAUGGAGCAUAUAAAGGAGACAACGUACAUAUCUAAGUUAAUUUACGUAUCUAACCAGGAAAGACUUGUGGUGUUUUCAAAGAGUGGAAAUGAACCGAGAUGUACUAUUAGAGUCGCCUUCUUGGCAGUAUCUUGCACCUCAUAUCUUAGAUUGCAUAUUCUAUCUGUAAACUCUUGGCUCAUCAGAGCCUUCAAAGAAAUGACCUGUUCGUAACACUUUGUAAGUAUAGGUUCCCUGUGUAAACAGAACGAAACACAAUUUGACUGUAACAAUUGCAUCUACUUUUAUCUAU